ACACUUGUUUUUAACCUUGGCGGUCUUGAGUUUGCGUAACAAAUCUACAAAAAAAAAAAUGUUUCGAUUUGUAAGAAAUACAUUUAAUAUAACCCGAACUAUGGCAAGAAGUCUUAGUGCGGAAGUAAAAACUGGUAAGAUGAGAGUAUGGGAACUGGGAAAAUUAAAUCAUGUUGCCAUAGCUGUACCAAAUUUACAAAAAGCUUCCAAUUUUUACAAAGAUGUUCUUGGAGCAACAGUCAGCGAACCAGUUCCUCAAAAAGAACACGGAGUCUACACGGUCUUCAUUCAAUUGGGAGAUUCUAAAAUUGAGCUACUACAUCCUUUGGGAGAGAAUAGCCCUAUAGCUAAUUUCUUAGAAAAGAACAAAUCUGGAGGUAUGCAUCAUAUUUGUCUCGAAGUAACUGAUAUUAAAGAAGCCAUCGAAACUGUCAGAGAAAAUAAUGUAAGGACGCUAGGCAAAGAACCUAGAAUUGGCGCUCACGGAAAGCCAGUAAUUUUUCUCCAUCCCAAAGAUUGUGAUGGAGUAUUAGUCGAAUUGGAGGAGUCUUAA